UCAGUGGUUUUAAAUGAGUAAUUUUUAAUUAAGUUAAAUAAAUACUACUCAAGGAACUUGCAUUUUACGGGAGAUUGGUGGGAUGUCGAUGUCGCAUAAUAUGUCAAAUCUUCUAGGCUGGUAUGACGUUGACUUUGACUUCAACAACAAUUUUGGGUGGCCCAAUGUUCACGGGCCGGGAAAUGGGUCAGCCGCGCGUUUCUCUGGGCUAGAAAAACAUGGGCCUGGCUCGGAAGAGAGAGUAAUAACUGACUCCACGUGUCACCUUGUCGUACUCGCAUGAGAGAGAAAACUUCUCCCCCAAGGUCUGUGCUGCAGCCUGCAAAAGCAAAACCCCUGCAUUUCUGGCAGAGCUAAAAACCCUGCAACACUACCAGGCUACCUCCCAGUCUCAUAAUUGCGAAAAAACGAAGAAAAAGAGGAAACAGGAGAAGUUCGGGAAGAAAGAUUGGUUCAAGAUUUUGAGAAAUGGCGAGCAAUCUGGACAUGACUCUCGACGACAUUGUCCGCCAGAACAGAGGCAGAGGAAAAGGCCGCUUCGCUGGUUCAGGAAGCAGAGGAAACGGAGCAGGUAGAAGCAGAGGCGGCGGGGGAAGUGAAGGAGGACGGCCGUUUCGUUUCGGUGAAGGACCCGGUCCGGAGCGACGGUUUGGCGGCCGCGGCAUUUACAGGCCGUGCCCUUACGUUCUGCCGCCGGUACCGGCGGCGAGGGGGAGUUUCUUCGGGAAGGCUUCCAUGGGACUGGUGGAGCCAACGCGCGUCCCAACUGGGUCUGAUGGAAGACGAGAAGGCACGAGGCUCUACCUGUCCAAUCUGGAUUAUGGGGUUACUAAUCAGGACAUCAAGGUGCUUUUCUCUGAUGUUGGGGAGUUGAGACGUUACUCAAUUCACUAUGACAAGAGUGGAAGAUCUAAGGGAACUGCUGAAGUUGUGUAUGAACGCCACGGGGAUGCUAUAGCAGCUAUCAUGAGGUACAACAAUGUCGAUCUCGAUGGGAGGCCAAUACGGAUUGAGCUGAUAGGGGCUAAAGUUCCGCCGCCAACUCCCCUUCGAGCUCCUGCAGCUGGGAGCAACAUGAGAAGGCCUAAUCUUCCUUUCAACUUCAUGAGUGGUGGAGGAAGCUUCAGAGGGAGGAGACCCAUUCGUGGCGGUGAUGCAUUUGGCAAAGACCAAGGUCCAGGCGGACCUCAAGUCCAAGCCCUAGGGCAAGAAUUCGGAUGGGGGAAGAAGAUGACUGCUGAAGAACUGGAUGCAGAGUUGGACGGUUAUCGCUUUGGAGCCAUGAAGAUCAAUUGAGCAAAGCAAAUUCUACCACCACCCUACUGACGUUCUAUCAUUGGGGAUAUAGUUUUCGCCGGAACAAUAUCAUAGUUACUGCACAUUCUGAUGACUUGUUGAUAGAUAGUAACAAGGAAGGUAAAAGGAUGUGGAGGGGUGGCAAUUUUGCAUCACUGCUUGCUCUUUGCAUUCUUGAACAGCAAGACUUUGUUAUUGCUGCGGAUGGUAUUGUUUGUUGUUUUCUUCAUCAUUGUCUAGUAGUUGUAGGGUACUUCUGUGGAUGGGUUAGCACUCAGCAACAGGUUAAAACUCAGAUAGUUGUUACUAAAAUUGUGUAAAGCGUUCGAUGUAAAAAUCAAUCACUUACUACUCUCCCCUGUUUUCAUCUCUAUAUUGGCUGUCUAGACGCGAAAUAAAGCUAUGCGAAAUAA